CUCGUCGGCUUCGAUGAGGAUAAAUGCUUGAAGAAAAUCGCCAGCGGGCUUUAUGCGUUCAAGACAUACCUUGAAUACGUACAAGAAACUUUUAUUAGUGAAAAGCAAAACGUCGAAUCGCUGUGCUAUGGCACAGAGCACCUGGCACGUACCUUAAAACAGAUGGUGAUCAAUCCUGAUGAAGUGACCAUCCCAGACCCAGCUACCCAGGAAUCCCUCCGCACAAAGCUGAAGUCCCAUAAGACCUGGAUAGAGAAAAUCACCACCCACCUCAUCCUCCGAGACUUUACUUCAUUUAUGGAGAAAACCGUGAGGGCCGUUCGCUAUUUGAAAAACACCAGGAGUUUCAGUGUCUGAAUGUUUUAAUUCAGGCACAAUCCUUUGUUACAAAUCUGUCACGUGGCAGACGACAGUGUUGUUCUGUUGUAAGAACCAGAAAUAGUAACAAUGGUUUGCAUUUAUAUACAUUCUCAUUUCCUUCCAGGAACCUAUUUAUUGUAUUUAAAAUAUUUAUUAGUUUCUAAUGUUUCCUAUUUAUAUUUUCAGUAUUUAGAAAUAAUUUAAACAAAGGACAUUUUAUUUCAUUUCUUAUGGUACUAUUCAGAAUAUCAACUUAUUUAAUAUGUAUUCAACAAAAAAAAAUAUUUUUAGAAGCAAGAAAAAUUGUUGUAUAACUUAUGCUUUUAAAAUAUUUGAGAGAUGGUAUUUAUGACUUAUUUAUAUUUUUAAAACAAA